UCCCUUUUUCGACCCAGCCCCCCUGCAUCCCUCACCUCACUACAAAUGCGGCGCAGCAGCCACCAUCGCCGAGCAGAGAGAGUAGUAGUCUAGUAGACAUACACAGCGAUACCCUCCUGCCUGCCUCCGCCCUCGCAUCGCGCACGCUAGGAGAGAGAGGACGGGGAGGCCGCUGCAACGGCUAGUUGCGGCGGCGGGGCCGGGCCCCGACCGAUGGACCCGUACAGCGGCGGCGAUGCCGGUGCCGGAGGGAGCGGCGGCGGCCACGGCUCUCAAAUCAGUCUGUGGGAUUGGCAAGCAGGGGAGCAUUGUGAACCGGAUGAUGCGAGUCAUGCGGAUGCUACUAAAUUCGUGUGGGAUUGCCUCAAUCAAGAUGACGAUGAGCUACUAGGAUUGCUUGGGAACCAAACUCCGCUGAGGGACUGCCGUGAUUUCUUCGCUGAUAUACCAGAUAUCUCCUGCAAGGAGACCCUGGACCCAGAGGAGUCUCGGGAAUCAAAGCGAAGACGUACGUUGGAGUACCCUUCGGAGUCUAGCCAGUCAGAAGUUGGAACUCAUGAAACUGGUUCUCCUUUUGUCGCAUCUGAGGCAACAGAGGUUUCAUUGCUUUGCACUGAUGAACCACGGAGUUUAAAUUGUGAUAUGCAGUACAGCUCAAAUAAUUUAGAUACUAUAAAUUCCUUGUCAAAUGGAGCACCCUAUUGGCAAGAAGAUAACCAGUUGGAACGUUGCUCUUAUGGAACUCCUCCAGUAUAUGUCGAGCCUGAUCAAAUGCCUUGUACCCAGGAGAGUGUAGUAUAUGUCGAUGAUCAAGCUGGUAUUUCAGGAUCAAGUGAGAUUGCUCCAGUGACAGAAAAUCUCAUAAUGCAGGAAACUAGGAAGCUUUCUACACUUAAAGUCUCUAAAGGAGGAAGCUCAUCGCUAGUCAAGGCGAAGCAAAACAUAACUACAACUGUAGCAUACCCUUUUACCCUCAUCAAACCAUCUUGGGAGGAAACCGAUGUUACUCUGCAGGAUAUUAACCAGAGAAUCCGUGCUCCUCCAAAGAAACCUCCUGAAAUCCUGGGAACUUCCGCGUUCUCUGGCAAGCCGGUGAUCGGCAAGACAAGGAUCAGGACAGACGGGGGGAAAGGCAGCAUCACAAUACUAAGAACAAAGGGCUGAGAGCCAGCCCUGAGAAUGACUUUGAUCCUUAUUUAUCUGCCAUUCCCUCCAUUUUAUCAGGACAGAAGGGGGGGAAGAGGCAGCUCCUUGGUGUGGUCAAUUGUGCAGGCCUGAGAACCAGAGGCUGCCAUUGAUCCACACCGAUCACAGUACAAGGAACAGAGGGCUGAGGACAUGAGGCUGCCAUUGACCCUUAUUUAUCUGCCAUUCUCUCGAUUGCUCCCGGCGCUUUGGUCAAUGCGCAGGCCUCUGUAGCUCCCCAUUUAUUAUUACAUUUUUUUUCCGUUUCGAUUUUGUGCUGUGGCUUUGGUGUUCUGAAGCACACUGUAGAUGCGAAACUCUUUCUUCAAAAGUUCCAGCAUUCUUCCGGUGUAUUUAUGACAUGUGGCCAAUGAUAUAUAGGGAAAAAAAUUGGAGUUAAGAAA